GUUUUCAUCCCGUCGUUCCGCUAUGAGGAGAGCGAGUUGGAGAGGGGCUAUACGUAUUUCUCCUUCCUGGUUAUUCUGGCAAAGGGAAUGGAAGGAGCAGUAUAGGAAUUACUGGGUACAGAAGAUGAAGCAGAUUCGUUCUCCAUUGCUCCAAAUGGCAGAAGGUCUUUAAGAUAGAGGUACUAAUGAAUGGAAGAAAGCACUUUGUUGAAAAGCGGUAUAGUGAAUUUCAUGCUCUUCAUAAAAAGCUUAAGAAAUGCAUAAGAACACCAGAAAUCCCUUCGAAGCAUGUAAGGAACUGGGUGCCCAAAGUUCUGGAACAGCGCCGGCAAGGUUUGGAAGCUUAUUUACAGAGUAUUAUUUUAGAAAAUGAAGAGCUUCCCAAACUUUUCCUCGACUUCCUCAGCAUCCGUCAUUUUCCUUCUCUCCCAAAAGCAGAAAGCUGUGGCUCUUUUGAAGAAAUAGAAUCUGAAGAAUCAAGCAAACUGUCCCACCAGCCUGUGCUGCUGUUCCUAAGGGAUCCAUAUGUCUUGCCUGCAGCCAAUGAUGACUUUCCAAACGUAGUUAUUGAAGGUGUUCUCCGCGGAUUGUUUUAUCCUCAUCUACAACCCAGGUAGAAAAUGGGUUUGGAUGGAUAGUAACUGAAAUAAACUCAUCCUCUUCCUGGAGCUGCACAUUUUUAGUAAAACUCCUAAGACGACAGAAUGUGGUCACAGUGGAGAUGAUAUUUAAUGAUGGAACAUUUCCCCUUUUAAGAUUAAUUUAGUGUAUCACUAAUAUUGCUGCUUUUAAAAUUAUGGAGAAAACGCUACUGUUGAAUCUGUGUACCCAAUUCCAAAUGUUUAAAAAGCUGACAUUCAUAAGUUGAAUUACACUAACAACUUUCAUCAUGUAUUGAUUUUUUAAAAUAAUAAAUUACUACACUAAGCUUUUUGUCUCAGUGUAGUAUCCACUGCUGGCAGUGGGUACAUAGGGCAACUUAUUACACAGGCAAGACCGAAAAAAAUGUUAAGAAAAUUACUGCCCAAACUUGAAAUGUAAUCUAAGCUUAUUAUUAGUAUUUCUGAUGUGAUUAUAUCAUAUCUAUAUUAUCUUAAGUGUGACUUAAAUUUACUUCAGGACCCUGGCAACAAACCUUGUGCUUUUAGCCAAUACACUCUGUUUGGUGAGCACAACUUUCCCAUGUUAAUUAACUUGUACCAUUAUGUAGCAGGAAGCAGACAGAACAUGAUGGGUAAAAAUAAUCAGCUAAUAAAUAUUCAGAGGUCAAUUGUCUAAGUGAACCAUAUGCUUAUGUUUCACAAGAUGUCAGAACCCAAAAUAAAACAUUGGCAUUACAUUGCA